AUGAGACAGCGUCUACCAAAAAACCCUCCGUCCUUUGCACAUCGUACCACAGUGGAGUCUGUAAGGAACUGGGCCAGGUCAAACGUUGAGCAAAUGUCAGUGAACGUGGGAAGUGCACAUUCUGUAGGACAAAACGUUAGUGGUGAUAUGAGUGAACUACGAUCCAAGAUGUUACCAGUUCGGGCUAGCGACAUAUGCCAAAACGAUUCACCCCGCAAUGAACCCGGAUCCCAGCACAUAUUCCGCCAACAUUCACGCCUGAAACGUCAUAUGAGAAAACACAGUGCAACGCAAAACUUUUUGUGUGAUGUAUGUGGCGUAAUGUUCAAGUCUCAGUUGGGCCUGGUGUCUCACAAACAGAGAAGACACUUUUCUUCAACAGCACCACCACUGUCUCACAAUAUCCAAUGCUACAUUUGCCAAAAACCGUUUGUUUACCCGUCACAGUUGGAGCGACACAUGCCUAUGCAUUUCCCCACGAAGAAGUACGAAUGUUCAGAAUGUAAUGCAAAAUUUAGGCACAAAAACUCCGCAAAAUAUCACGAAGCCACGCAUCAUUCAGAACAAAGAAAACAUUGGAAGCACAUCUGUGACGUUUGCCAGAGGAAGUUCCCCAAUCCAAGCACUUUAAAAGCUCAUUAUACUGCACAUACGAACAAACGCGCAUUCUCAGUCAGCUUAUGUGAUAAAAAAUUCACCCAGGCUACAGACCUCCAAAGUCAUCAACAGU